GUAGUCCCUCUCCACCCCCUAAUCACAAGAUUCUUCUGCAACAGUAGCAGUCAUGGCAAUCACGUUCCCUCUGUGGUCCAUGUAGUUCAUCAUCCAUGAUACUUAUGACAUCGACUUGUCACAUCGCACGAAAUAACCUCUUAUCAUCGACGAACAUCGCUGAUGAGAACCCGAUUUAAGCACGAGGUUAUCAUUGAAGCAUGCGCAUAAUCUCGAUGCGCGCGGUAUACACGUGAGUCGUACGAGGACUGAGGACUCGCGGAGAGCCGCACGUACAUACAUACCUGUUAUCUGCCAUUUGGAGGCUAUCGUGUAGUGCGUGUAGUAGUCAACGGUGAGGAAUGUGCAAAUUGUGACAAUUAUUCUCGGUGCCUUCGGAUAAUUAUGUCUAAUUAUACCAUUUUCGUGUGAUUAUGCUGUAUAAAUACGCGGACGCACAUCGACAAUAUGUACAUACUAUUACGUACAAUGUUAACGCUCGCGCAUUUCUUUCACAUUCUGUACACCGCGAUCCUCUACAUUGGUACUGCGGUGCUCCGUAAGUGCACGGAUAUUUGGUACACCAUCACCGCGAGUACAACGAAGGAGCUCGAUGUGCUCGUUGCCACAUUCGCGAAAACCAAGAAGAUCCCCAAGCACCUGGUGAUCGUGCUUGGACUGUGCGACGACUUGGUUCUGGAUUGUGUGCGUAUAAUUGGAUGGUGCAUUACACUUGAUAUACCUUACAUCAGCUUCUUUGACCGUAAUGGUUUCUUGCAGAAAAAUGAAACCUAUCUUAAAGAGGAGUUGGCAAGAAAACGGCCUGAUCUAGUAGAACAUAUUGCUUGGCAUUCACACACGAAAGCACCUAGUCAAAAUGGAAUAGUAACCGGCAGCAGGUCGAAAAUAAAUGUAUCGUUACUAUCCAAAAUAGACGGUAAGAGAAAAAUAGUGACAUUAACGCAAUCAUUGGCGAAAGCCGUGUCGUCGGGAAACCUUGAUCCAGAAGAGAUCACGGACCAACUAAUCAGCGAAAAGUUACAAAUAAAGGGGAUGCCCGAUCCCGAUCUCGCUUUAAUAUACGGUUCCACUUGUUCCACGUAUGGUCUGCUACCAUGGCACACGAGAACGACAGAAUUUUUAAUGCUGCCGCUGUCCGUCAAUGUUUCAUUGAAAGAUAUUUCAGUGAAAGAUUUCACGCAUCUAUUAGAAAUAUAUAGCAAAUGUGUACAACGGUACGGAAAAUGAUAUGUAAUUGUCUUUAUUUAUACGAAGAAACUGCAUUUCAAUAAGGAAUAAAUUAUCGUGAAGACUGAA